UGGCUGCGUGUGCCACUCAGUUGGCGUUACGUACGUGUUCGUUGGGUGGCAUUGAGUACCGAACUGUUGUCGAGGGAUUGGCUGUGCUGACGGCACUUUCGCCCACAGCGCAUGUGGCUAUCACGUGCUACCUGACCAGCGAACUGACUCAGUCAUGGGAUGUGGACAC